AUGUCGGGCGCCGAAGCCCCGCUCAUCGCGGGCGCCGAACACAUCGACCCGGAGAACCCUCUGCUCGACGAGGACGACGCCGCCGUCUCGGUCGUCAAGGCCAGAGAUGGCGACGCCGACGCCGCGGCGGCCCCGGGCCUGUUCGUCUGGCUGCUCACCCUCUCCGCGGGGAUCAGCGGACUGCUAUUUGGAUACGACACGGGCGUCAUAUCGGCGACACUCGUCUCGGUCGGCACGUCGCUGUCGGGCCGCGCGCUCACCUCGCUCGACAAGUCGGUCGUCACGUCGGCCACGGCCCUCGCGGCGCUGCUCGUCUCGCCGACCUCGUCCGCGCUCGCCGACGCCCUGGGCCGCCGGCGCGUCAUCCUGCUCGCCGCGGCGCUGUUCGUCGCGGGCGCGCUGGCCCAGGCCGCGGCGCGGACGGUGGCCGCCAUGGUGCUGGGGCGGGCCGUCGUCGGCGCGGCCGUGGGCGCCGCGAGCUUCGUCGUGCCGCUGUACAUUGCCGAGCUGGCGCCCGCGGCGCACAGGGGCCGGCUCGUCACCGUCAACGUCGUGUUCAUCACGCUGGGCCAGGUCGUGGCGUACGCGGCGGGCUGGGCGCUGACGGGCCGUACUGGCACUGGGGGAGCUGAUGACACUGGGAACUGGCGGCUGCUCGUGGGGCUGGGCGCCGCGCCGGCGGUGGUGCAGGCCGUGCUGGUGGGGUUCAUGCCCGAGACGCCGCGGUGGCUGGUCAAGGAGGGCCGCGCGGAGGAGGCGAGGGCCGCGCUGGGCAAGGUCGUUGGCGGUGGCGCGGGCGGCGGCGCCCGGGAGGCCGACGCGCUGCUGCGGGAGAUCGAGCGGGAGGUCCGGGAGGAGGACGAGGCGGCGAGGCUGAGGCGGCGGUCGCCCAAGUCGAGGCUGCGGUGGAUGGACACGUGGGACGAGCUGUUUGCCGUGCGGCGGAACCGGAGGGCGCUGGCGAUUGCGUGCCUGCUGCAGGGGCUGCAGCAGCUUUGUGGGUUUAACUCGCUGAUGUACUUCUCGGCAACCAUCUUUACGAUGCUGGGCUUCACGAGCCCGACGCUGACGUCGAUGACUGUUGCGGCGACGAACUUUGUUUUUACCGUCAUUGCGCUGCUGAUCAUCGACCGCGUGGGCCGGCGGAGGGUGUUGCUGUACUCGAUCCCUUUUAUGGUUGUUGGUCUGCUGCUGGCUGCCUAUGGCUUCUCUAUUGUUGAUAUCCCGUCGUCAUCUGGUGACGAUGGCACACCGGCUGCAGGAGGCGGCGGCGACGACAAGCGCGGCGCUGGUGUGAUCCUGUUCAGUAUCAUGAUAUACGUGGCCGCCUAUGCGAUGGGACUGGGCAACGUGCCGUGGAUGCAGAGCGAGCUGUUUGCGCUGGGAGUGCGAUCCCUGGGCAGCGGCGUGGCGACGGCGACCAAUUGGGGUGCCAACUUUGUCGUCGGACUCACUUUCCUACCACUGAUGGAGGUGCUGACGCCGCCGUGGACGUUUGGGCUGUACGCGCUGGUGUGCGCUGGGGGGGUCGGUUGUUCCCAGGCACAGGGCGUUGGUGGUGCAGCGGUCCCAGGGCCAGCUUGCAUUGUCGAUAGCCCUACCUCAGAAACGGUGCAACCGCAGACGGCCAAGGCGAGUGAAGGCGAAGACCCCAUGGGUUCGAGCCUCGCUUGCAGCCAGGUUGACAAACGCCGCAAAGAAAUACCGCGCCCUGGAAACGGAUAG